CCUGGCCUCCACUGCUCCUUUUGGGUUGCCGAGAAGCUGGGGCCAGUGUUUUCUUUCGCCUUUUGUGCUGCUAGUGCCGCUGCAGGGAGCUGUGAGAGGGCAGCGGGCGAGCCGGGAAGCCAGGAGGACAUGUGUGUGUGUGGGUGUGUAUAACAGUCCUAGCUCUCGUGGAACUAGCUCUUGUAGACUAGGCCGACCUUGAACUCACAGAGAUCUGUCUACUUCUACUCUCAAGUGCUUGGAUUGCAGGUGCUUGCCAUCACUGCCUGCCUGGCUUCAUUUAUUUCUGUUUAGAGCAAUAUCUCCUGUUGCCCAGGCUUGCCUGGUGCUAUGAAGUCGAGAAUUGCUUGGAACACCUAAUCCUUCCACUGCUGCUCAGUCCUAAGAAGACUACCACUCAUUCCAGGCUGGCCUUUGAUUGGUCAAUGAGAAGGAUAACAGACCAGUGUAUGAGAGUCCUCCAAUCUCUCUCAUUUUUUAUUGAAUGUAGUGACCUAUGAUGAUGUGCAUGUUGACUUCACUUGGGAAGAAUGGACAUUGCUGGAUCCUUCCCAGAGGAAUCUCUACAAAGAUGUAAUGCUGGACAUCUACCACAGCCUCAGUAUCAUAGGAUACAGUUGGGAAGACCAUAAUAUUGAAGAACAUUUUCAAAAUUCUAGAAGACAAGAAAGGCCUGAACGAAAUCACACUGGAGAGAAACCUUCUGUGUGUAGUCAGUAUGUUAAAGUCUUUGCUUAUGACAGGCAUCUUCAAAGGCAUGAAAGCACACAUAUUGGAGAGAAACUGUAUGAAGUUAGUCUAUGUGGUGGAGCCUGUGAACGUGAGAGAAAUCUUCAAAUGAAUGAAAGAGCACAGACUGAAGAGAAACCCUAUGAAUAUAAUCCAUGGGGUGGGGCCUUUACUCCUCACAGUCAUCUCCGAAGGCAUGAAAGAACACAUACUGAAGAGAAGCCCUAUGGAUGUGAUCAGUGUGGUAAAGCCUUUGCACAUCCUAGGAAUCUUCAAAUGCAUAAAAAAACACAUAGUGGAGAGAAACCCUAUAGAUGUGAUCAGUGUGGUAAAGCCUUUGCACAUCAUACAAAACUUCAGAUACAUAAAAGAACACAUACAGGGGAGAAACCCUAUGGAUGUGAUCAGUGUGGUAAAGCCUUUGCUUAUCAUAGUAAUCUUCAAGUACAUAAAAGAACACAUACUGGAGAGAAGCCCUAUGGAUGUGAUCAGUGUGGUAAAGCCUUUGCACAUCCUAGAAAUCUUGAAGUACAUAAAAGAACACAUACUGGAGAGAAACCUUAUGAAUGCAAUCAAUGUGGUAAAUCUUUUGCUUAUCACAAUACUUUUCAAAUGCAUAAAAGAACACAUACCGGAGAGAGACCAUAUGACUGUAAUCUAUGUGGUAAAGCCUUUACAAGUUACGGUAGUCUUCAAAGACAUAAAAGAAUACAUACUGGAGAGAAGCCCUAUGAAUGUAACCAAUGUGAAAAAGCAUUUGCUGAUUUCAAAUCUUUACAAAUUCAUAAAAGAAGCCAUACUGGAGAGAAACCAUAUGAAUGCAAUGAAUGUGGGAAAGCCUUUACACAACACACUAAUCUUCAAACACAUAGAAGAAAACAUACUGGGGAGAAACCCUAUGAAUGUAGUCAGUGUGGUAAAGCUUUUGCAUGUCACAGUAGUCUUCAGAUACAUAAAAGAACACAUACUGGAGAGAAACCCUAUGAAUGCAAUCAGUGUGCUAAAACCUUUGCACAAAUUAGUCACCUCCAAACACAUAAAAGAACACAUACUGGAGAGAAACCCUAUGAAUGUAAUCAGUGUGGUAAAGCCUUCGCUUCUCACAAUGCUCUUCAAAUGCAUAAAAGAAGCCAUACUGGAGAGAAACCCUAUGAAUGUAAUCAAUGUGGUAAAGCCUUUACACAACACACUAAUCUUAAAAUACACAGAAGAAAACAUACUGGAGAGCAACCCUAUUAAUAUAGUCAAUAUCAUAAAGCCUUUGAAUGUCACAGUAAUCUUCAAAUGUAUACAAGAACACAUACUGGAGAGAAACCGUAUGAGUGUAAUCAAUGUGGUAAGGCAUUUCCUCACCAUAAUGGUCUUCAACUACAUGAGGGAACACAUACUGUUGAGAAACCCUAUGAAUCACUGUGGUAACGUCUUUGCGUUAAUCAGCAAUCUAUGAACUUAUCAGAAAAAGAUGUUCUGCAGAUAAACUCUAAAUAUAUAGUCAGUGUGGCAAAAUUUUGCAGUUUAUACAGGAACAAACCUGUUUGUGGGCCUUUUAUUAAAAGCCUUUUUUGAAAGCC